UGCUUGAACAGGCAAUCCCCUGACGUCAUAGCUUUCGUUCCAUAUAUCAAGCAGAGGGAAGGGCGGGGUGGGCCUGACUGCGCAGACUCCAUCGAAGUUGUAUACACCCACCCUUCCAUAGGCAUCUGUUCGCUUUCAAGUCUCCUACAAUGGCUGCUUCUGGUGCCCUACCUGGUCUUUUCUUCUGCUUUGCUGCAAUGGUUUUGCUUAUUUUCGUGUCCGUCUCAGCGCCAACGUGGAAUACUAUCUCGUUCCUGAAUGCGAAUGAUAUAUCCUUCGGGGUGUUCGGUUAUACCGGUUCCAAAGCACAUGUUGGCUAUUCCUUCCCGACAUCACUACCAAACACAGACAGCGACACCCUUCAUGGUCUCACAUACGCUCUUAUCUUAUACCCCAUUGCGGCAGGUCUUUCUGGGAUAUCUGUCCUCUUCGGCCUAUGUGGAGCCGGCUAUCACCGUGUUGGUACCGUUUUCAUGAGUUUGACCGCAGCUCUCGCCUUGCUAUGCACCCUUAUCGUGUGGGUCAUCAGCACUUCCCUCUUCGGUGUCUUGCGGGAAAGGCUUCAGGACGGUGGCGUCAAUGCGACUUGGGGUAACGCCACUUGGUUGGGUCUUGGGGCACUCGUCUCCUUACUUCUUGGAUUCUGCACCGCUGCAUGCGGUGUGUUUGGGAGCUACAGACGCACAAGGCGUCUCUGAGGCAACAUGUCAUACAGACGGUUCCAAGUACCUCGCCCUUUCUUGAUGUUCGUUACUAAAUCUGAUGCCGUUAGUUUGUAAUUGGUAUUGCGACCGUCAUGUAUACCAAUUCGUUUCCUGUGUACAG